AUGCGUCCGAAUCUCUCCUUCGCGCCGCUACUUGCGUUGACGUCAGUCGUUAGUGGCUUGAAGUUCACAGCGCCUAACACCAACGACAAGCUCAACCUCUCCGCGCCAGCAAUCAACAUUGAGUGGGAGCUUAACAACGAAGGGAACCCCGAGUACACUGAAAUGGACCUCUCGUGGCACGGCGAAUUUGCUGGUGGCGGCGGAUCCUUCUCACAUACGCUCACCGAGAACAUCACCAGCUCCAAUAACCAACUGAAUGGCAACUACAGCUACAACUGGGAUCCGACGACAAUCUUGGAAUCAUUCGAAAAGACCAAAAACCGACUCUCAUCUGAAAAGGUGUUCUACUUCGAGCUCAGGCGGCAUGCACCUAACUCGGGCAAUGCCGCGAUGGAACCUAGCGAGAAAUACGCAGUUGAAGGAUAUGACUUGGUUGGUAGCUUUGGAACCUCAUUGAAGCCCGAAAUUGGCCUAGGAAUAGCUUGUCUUGUCGCAGUAGGCAUUUUGGUCUAG